AGCUGCCUGGAAGAACUAUAUUUGUAUCAGGUCAAGUGAAUAUCCAGUUAACCAUUAGAAAAAUGAAAUUUCAAAUAUUUACUUUCUUGGACUGGUAAAACUGUUCAUUCUUAUACAUUUUCACUUUUUUUUUUUUACAUAAAAUGUAAUAUUUGUAGUUGAAAUUUUACCAUUUCCCCUAAACUGACAGGAAGCAAGUAAUUAGUUAAAAGAUGCUGAUUUCCGUGCUGCCUUUGUAUUUAUGUGGAUUUUGUAAGUUACAUAAAAAUAGACCCCUUGAAAACUCGUCAACAACUAAGAGUUUGAAAUAAGAAAAUAUAUGAGAGUAUAUCUAUAAAAAAAUGGAGCAAAAAUUGUAUGAAGAACAUGUUUUAUCUUCUUUAACCCACUACUUCAGAGCUUGAAGAGGGAUUGUCUGAGGGACAGUGAACGCAGCAUCAGAUCAGAAGACCUGUCAGAAGCUGAGAAGAAAGUCAUGCUCUGUGAUAUAUUUUAGGUUUUGGGGGGUCAUGGCGAAGCAGUACGAUAUUUUAUUCCGGCUGCUCAUUCUCGGAGACUCUGGGGUCGGAAAGACGUGCAUGUUACGCAGGUUCACGGACGGAGAAUUUGAUCCUUCGCAUAUUUCUACAAUCGGUAAGAAGCCCUCAGGUGUUGAUUUUAAGAUGAAAACAGUAGAAAUCGAUGGAAUCAAGAUCCGAGUGCAGAUCUGGGACACAGCUGGACAGGAACGGUAUCAGACCAUUACCAAACAGUACUACAGGCGAGCACAGGGCAUUGUAUUUGUGUAUGACAUCACAAGCAAUCUGUCCUUUCAGCACAUAGUGAAGUGGGCCAGUGAUGUAGAUGAAUUUGCCCCAGAUGAUGUACAGACUGUCCUGGUAGGAAAUAAGGCUGACAACGAGUUCAGGAGGCAAGUAACAAAGGAUCAAGGAUAUAAGCUAGCAGAACACUAUGGGAUGGAGUUCUUUGAAACCAGCGCGUCCACCAGCAGCAACAUCAAUGAGUGGCAUUUUUUCUUUGCAGUUAUUCAUCCGUAUGACAGAGCUGGUGCUGCUGGCUCACAGGAGGAAUGUGGACAACCUCUUGGGGUCUCUGGAUGACUAUUUGGACAAGGCUGCUCUGGAAGAGGAGAAGGGGAGUCCUGAUAAUGGCGCUCAGAGGUUCUGUGCCUGUUGAAAACAUGAAAUCUGUCACCACGCCACAGCUUGUAGCUUAAACUUUCUUCAACUUUGUGACACGACUGACUUGACUGGGAGGGUGGUGGAUGACUUUCACUCUCUUUUUUUUUUUAUUUUGUGGUGAUGAAUGCUGUGAGCAGCAGAUGUCAGUUUGUUGCCAGUGCCACCAUCAGGGAAUUUUAACACCAGAUAGAAUUAUCAGUUCAUGCAUCCUCUUUUUCUCUCUUUUUCUCUUUGAUCACUUGUUUGGUGCUCAAAGUGAAGUUUACACCCACUAUACACUGAUAGAAACAGGAACAAGUCACUGAAACCACACAGGAGCAGGUCAUUUUUCACAUGCUGAAUGAUCUUUCUUAAGUAUGAAAGUGACAGCAUGUGUUGAAGCCAUAUUACGGCAAAAAAAAAAAAAAGAAUCAAA